UCUUGUUUUGCUCGGCACCAGCCUUCCUUCCACUAGUCGAGCGCUGAACGUGCACACGUGUGGUACACCCGACCACGUCGCUCUUGACACAAGAAGAAAAGUGCCUUCAGCUUUUCCACAGCAGCUAUGUGCGAUUUUCCGACGGUGCCUCAGACAAACUCGCCGCUCUGCAGAUAGUACUUUCCGGUGCGAACAAAACGUUUCUGGUUUGCAUUUUGUUAUUUUAACACAAACGCGUGUGACCCACUUGGGACUCAAUUUCGCCAUGGGUCUGCAAGGUGACCACGAAAGUGGCUACUUCGAGGACGACGAGGAGCUGUCCGAAGACGAACGCCACCAGCACCAACCCGACUCCAGAAGGGUCAGCGAUGACCAACCUAAAGUUAACCUGACUGGCCGCGGGCGCGUGGACAUGUCAAACUUUGAGCUCCUCAAAGUUCUAGGAACUGGAGCUUACGGAAAAGUUUUCCUGGUGCGCAAGGUGGGCGGACAGGACAGCGGAAGACUCUACGCCAUGAAAGUAUUGAAGAAAGCAACGAUUGUGCAGAAAAAAAAGACCACCGAGCACACCAAGACCGAGAGACAGGUCCUGGAGGCGGUGCGGCAGUCGCCCUUUCUCGUCACCCUGCACUACGCCUUCCAGACCGAGGCCAAACUCCACCUCAUCCUCGAUUAUGUUUCCGGGGGUGAGUUGUUCACUCACCUGUACCAGAGGGAGCACUUCACCGAGGAGGAGGUGCGUCUCUAUGUGGGCGAAAUCGUGCUGGCCCUCGAGCAUUUGCAUAAGCUGGGAAUCAUUUACCGUGAUAUAAAGUUAGAGAAUAUUCUCCUCGACCGCGAUGGACACAUCGUCCUCACCGACUUCGGACUGAGCAAGGAGUUUUUACCUCACGAAAAGGAUCAGAGAGCGUACUCGUUUUGCGGGACCAUCGAGUACAUGGCUCCGGAGGUUGUGAGGGGUGGCAGUGCUGGACAUGAUAUUGCCGUCGAUUGGUGGAGUGUCGGUGUUUUGACCUACGAACUUCUGACUGGUGCCUCUCCUUUCACUGUUGACGGUGAAAAGAACACCCAGCCUGAGAUUUCCAAACGAAUCUUGAAGCAAGAGCCGCCGAUUCCGGACAAUCUUUCACCCGCUACGGCCAACUUUAUCUCCAGACUGCUUGUGAAAGACCCGAGGAAGAGGCUCGGCGGCGGACCCUCCGACGCCGACGAACUGAAGCAGCACCCUUUCUUUGAGGGUAUGGAUUGGGAAUUGCUAUCCAAGAAGGCGAUCCCGGCACCUUUCAUUCCAAAGUUAACCAACGAGCUAGACACCAGCAACUUUAGUGAAGAGUUCACAAAAAUGACACCCACAGACUCUCCCGCUGUUGUACCUCCUAAUUUUGAUAAGAUUUUCAAGGGCUACUCGUAUGUGGCGCCGUCAAUCCUGUUCAGCGAAAACGUCAUUUCGGACCACUUGCUGCACCGACCAGACACCUCUAGUCUUAGUUCCUCCAACAAACUGAUGGACUCGCCCUUCUUCCAAAACUACGACCUGGACCUGGACGGCUCCAUCCUUGGUGACGGCAGCUUCUCGGUGUGCCGCAAGUGCAGACACCGACAGACCGGCGUUGAGUACGCGGUCAAAAUCGUGAGUCGGCGAAUCGACUGCACCCAAGAGGUCAACUUGCUGCGCGCCUGCCAGGGCCACCCCAACGUGGUCAAGCUGGAGGAGGUUUUCCACGACGAGGCGCACACCUACCUGGUGCUGGAACUGCUCAAGGGCGGCGAGUUGCUCGAGCGGAUUCGCAAGAAGCAAAAGUUCACCGAGAGUGAGGCCAGCAGGAUCAUGAGGCAGCUCGUCUCGGCCGUCAGCUUCAUGCACUCCAGGGGAGUCGUCCACCGAGAUCUUAAGCCUGAGAAUCUGCUAUUCACCAAUUCAUCUGAUAAUGCUGACAUCAAGAUUGUUGACUUUGGCUUUGCAAGACUGAAGCAAGAGAAUAAGCCAAUGUUGACACCUUGUUUUACUUUGCAUUAUGCAGCCCCCGAGGUUUUGAAACAAGCCAUCAACAAAAGCAGCGGAGGCUACGAUGAGACCUGUGAUCUUUGGAGUUUGGGUGUUAUUUUGUAUACAAUGUUGUCCGGUCGGGCGCCCUUCCACGCGCGCAGCAGGGACGAUAGCGCAGCAGCUGUGAUGGCCCGAAUCAAGGGCGGCGAAUUCUCAUUCUCGGCGGACGCGUGGUGCCACGUGUCGUCGGCGGCCAAGCGUGUGACCCGCGGCCUGCUGACUGUCGACCCCAAGCAGCGGCUGACCAUUGGGGCGCUGCACUCGAAUGAGUGGCUGCAGGGCACGGGGCCUUUCCCGGCCACGCCACUCAUGACCCCGGACGUGCUGGGCGCGUCAACGCGCUCUGUCGAAAUGGGGGUUGCCCAAACCUUCAGUGCAUUCCACCGAGCUCACCGAGAGGGAUUCAGACUGCAGGAGGUGUCCAACGCCAAGUUGGCGCAGCGGAGGCGCAUGAAGAAGUCAUCCACGGACAACAGGAGUAGCUCAACUUCCAGCAGCUUCUCUUCCUCCAGUUCCUCAGGCACUUCGUCCAUAAUCCAAACUCCAAGCAAAGCAACUCAGUCGAGCUCCAAUUCGUCCCUCGGCCCGUCUCCCGGCAAGUCCACUGACAACAUUUUCAAUUUUGGAGAGGCGCGCGUACAGGAGUACCUGUCCAGCCUGUCCGAAGAGUCGCGCUCGAACGAAGACGACCUGAGUCCCAUCCUGCUGCAGCUCCCGUGCCACGAGAGUCCCCCGCUGGGCCCCGUCACUCGAUCUCGCAAGCGCAAGCAGCAGGAGCACGACCCUUCCGGCUCUCUCAACCUCUCCUCCUCUCUCAGACACCGCAAGCGGCACAAAAGGACACAAAACAGGCCAGGGACCAUUGUGUUGGAGUGAUAGGCUAGUGAAACAAAAUUUCAAACAUACAGCUUUUUCGAGUUGACCAUUCGACUAAAAGAGAGAGUUUAAUGCUUUGUUGCAUUUUUACACAAGCGUAUUUUUAUACAUGAGAUAAAAAGAGGAGAGGGAUAAUUUUAUCCCCGUUUCAUAAAAUUGGUAGCCCCAAACCGUUUAUCAUCUUUGAAGGUUCUUUUCUGUGAAUCUAGUCAUACACACAUACCUAUUUUAUUUAUUAUUUAUUGAAAGACAUCAUGCAGGAACAAUAAUGUAAUCAAUUUGGUUGUUUCGUAAAUGAACCAACCUUGACCUCUAAGGCUUAUUUGUGUGAGAGACAAAUAAUGUAUAAAAGUAUCAUCUCUCAAGAAUCAGUUUUCAGUCGAGUGGUUAUGCUCUGGAAGCCGUAAGAGCAAAGGGCGCUGUGAAAAGAGCCUUUCAAUUGUGUUACUAAUUUCUUAGUUGAGAAUUAGUUAUUGUUAUGCAGAUGAAAGAUAUUUUAUUAUUAAAAAUGAAAAGAACGUGCGACAAUUUAGUCAAGCCUGGACCGAUGUGUAUGUUUACGAUGGAGGCAAUCAAAAUCAAAUUCGGUCCUGAGUCCAGAUUCAAUUAUAUAUUGCCAGUGAUCAAUCAGUGCCCACUCAAUGAUAGGUGGGUAGAGAAACUGCGAAGUGAAGAAAGGGUGUGUCUAUUUUGAAUGUGCCGCGGAGAUGAACGUUAGCGAAUAGCAGAGAUAUAUCCGAGGUGAAAAGUAAAUAUUCACUCUAUUGAACAUAUUCCACUUGUUAAGUAUAAAAACCGCUGAUUUUUUCUCAUUAUAUUAUAUAUGACAUCUUAUUAUUGUUUUGUGUUGUUUAGAGGGAAAGAUUAUUUAAAUUAUGUAUCUGUUGUGACUAAAAGUAUUUGUAAGAAGAACACAGCCGACAACUGGCUGACUUAACACCUGGAACUCUUUACCGCACUAGAGAGACAAACCAACUUUCUUAACAAGAUAUUUGGCAUCAAAAUAAAAUUGUUUUCAAUUGAAA